AUGGCUGCAACAUACUCUUCCCGAGUGGGGACCUCCAUCCCCACUCAUGACAAGAAGUCCACACCGAAGGUGUCCGGGACUUUGGACGGCCUUGAAGGCCUUCCGGUGGAGAUUCUUUUCGACAUUUACCAUCAUCUCGAUGUCGAGAGCGUCUUCCUCUUGGCGCAGACCAACACAUUGUUCUACGGGCUUCUGCACCGCAACCAAGCCCAGGUCUUGCUGCCGAUCCUCCAACGGGACUUCAGCCCAUUUCAUGAGCUCCUGCAGGUCUACACAGCCUCUGAUGACGACUUCAAUGACCAUGGCGGGACAUUCCAGCCCCGCAGGAUCGUGUACAGACGAUACCCCGGCGACUCCGUUGGCCUCACUCUGUCGCGUGGUGGCAUGUCGAUGAAUGUCCAAGCUACGAAAGAACUCGUCAGUGUUCUUGGAGCCGACAGGCCCACCACCGCAGUCGUACUGCCCUCCCCUCGCACCGCCGUGCUCACGCAAAGGGACCUGCGACCUCUGCUCAAGUACUGCUCUGUCGUGCGUAAAUGGGAGGAAUUGUACCCUCGUUUGCACUGGCUUGCCGAACCGGAAAGCUGUCGAAUCCUGCGGGACCGGGAAAGAGAGAAGCUCCGCCGGGCACUCUACCGCUGGUGGCUGCAUGCGCGAUACUUCCACGGUGAUGGCCCACGGCCCCGAGGCGGCGAGCCGGAACCUUUUGUCCAUGACAUUCGGACCAGCCAAAUGCGAAUGUAUUCCACCAGUGAUCUUAUGGAGCUGAGGGCACUCUUUGUCUCGGUCAAGAAUAUGAUCCGCCACUACAUCUACCCCAACCUGGAGCAGAACAUGAUCGAGACCGAGGACUCUACGCCCCUGGAACAAAUGAUCGAGCGCAGCAUCUGCGAACGUAUCGUCGACACAUAUGCCAAGCUCGAUCCGGGGGAACUGAUGUUCUACUUCGACAACCUCUACAGUUACCCUCGCAAGAGACUCGUCAACGAUGUCAAUCUGCGCCAUCCGACCUUUGUCCACGACCAGGAGUCUCUGCAAGCUGCCAUUCGCUCUGCGGUUAAUGAACGGCGGUGGCUGGAUGGCAUUGAGCAGCUCGAGGACCUUGGGAGCAUCGUUGGGGACCCGCGACAAGUCAACACCAAGUACAGUGGCGAUGGCAGUGCCGAUGCCUCCAUUCCUGCGCCGGGUGUUAUGCGACGUUCCCGCAACGACUGGUCACCGCCUGGCGAUGAUGGUCGUGCUUUGACUGAGCGUGGUCAUCUGCCUGCUGUGCGCAUCUGA